AUGACUGCCGAGGUGUCUCACGGCCGCGGUGGCGCCGGCAACAUCAACGCGGACGAGACCCGUUACGUCGACGGCGAGAUCGUCCGGUCGGGCGCUGAGGGCAGCCACGAGGACGGGCCGUACAGCACGGGCAGAGGAGGCACCGGCAACAUUGGCGACGCCGACGCGCGUCCAUCACUCGAGCGCGCCGACCGCACAGUCGUGCCCGAGGCUGCGGUGCGUCCGUCGGCCGACCUGUCGGACUACCACACCGGUCGCGGCGGCGCUGGCAACGAGCAUCUCGCCCCGAUGAACGAGACGCCUGCUGCGGCCGGCACCACUGGCACCACCGGCCCUGAGACGCACAAUAUCGGGCUGGCCGACAAGCUGAAGAACAAGAUCUUUGGGGCGUUCAAGAAAUAG